AUGUCUUUCGAGGGUCUGCAGGAGCGGCUGACAGCCCUGCAAGAGACCACGUCUCAGCUGAAGGAGCUUAUCGAAAGGCUCCAGAACCUCAAGUUUCAACCUGGCUCUGUGCCGUUAGGAACAGAUGAGGACAGUAGUGUCAGUGCAGAACUGAGCUCAGAGAUCAGUCAGAUAUUGAGGGAAGAGGAGGACGAAUUAGAGCUCUUGGGGGAGGAGAUUGAGGAUCUCAGGGCCGGCCGACCAGGAAGCGAAGCCGAGCAUACAAAGACCCGUCUUAAGGAUGGCCUGGACCGGUUGAGGCAAGAACUCAAGAGCUCCCGAGUCACCUUCCGCAAAGCACAACUGGCAGCGAAACACAACCUGUCCCAGGCGCAGCGCCUUGAGCGUGAGCUUCUGCUGCAGUCAUACUCCCAGCCAGUCUCCGAAGCAUCCUCUCCUUUACUCGGUGCCCAAAAGGCACAAUUGCCCGAUGUCGUCCGGCAUCGACAUGUUCACCAGACCCGGGACAGCCAUAAUGCUAGCUCGUUGACGGAGGACGACAAACAGACGGUCGGAGCGAGCAGUAAUGUGACAAGCGCUCUUCGACGGACGCACGAUUUGAUUGCGGCGGAGCUCGCGCGCAGCGAGUUUGCGCACCAAACGUUGACGGAGUCAUCGGCGGCACUGGCACAGCUCAACGAGUCAUACGGCUCUCUCGAUACUAUGCUAGCAAGUUCGAAAGACCUGUUGGGCACGUUGCUACGAUCUCAGAAGAGCGAUACGUGGUAUCUACAGACCGCGCUUUACAUGCUGAUGGCAACGGGCGCGUGGCUGCUGUUCCGAAGGUUACUGUACGGGCCUCUAUGGUGGCUGCUUUGGCUGCCAUUGCGGCUGAUGUUCAAUAUCACCAUUGGCAGUGGCGGAGCAGUGGUCAAGUAUGCUGGUUCCGGAGGGAAGGCAUCGGAGUCGGCCGUGGCCGAUAAGGCCAAGGUUGAUGUCGAGGGUCUACCGGAUGAUUCGCUGCCUACCAUCAACGUACGGGAGCCGCAGCGAUCGGCAGCAGCCGGUGGAGAUCCCGAGUCUUUCGUAGAGAAGGUGGGUAAGAUUGUGGAGGAGAUGCCGGCAGAGAUCGGCGAGGAGUCGAUCGUUGAAAACGACAGUGAUGUUGAAGGGAAGCUUGCUGGUGAGGUUGAAGCUGACCAGACCGUCAGCGAUGAAACAAGGCAAGGGGUGCAGGAGGAAGUCAGGCAGCGAGAUGAGCUGUAA